CAUGACAUUGCAUCCUUCACCCAUCAGUUGUGAAUUUUUGUUUUCCGCAGCUCUCAUUUCUCCAAAAAUGUGUUUGAGCCACUUGGAAAACAUGCCUUUAAGCCAUUCAAGAACUCAAGGAGCUCAGAGAUCAUCCUGGAAGCUGUGGCUCUUUUGCUCAAUAGUUACGUUGCUAUUUCUUUGCUCCUUCAGUUGGCUAAUCUUUAUUUUUCUCCAAUUAGAGACUGCUAAGGAGCCCUGUAUGGCUAAGUUUGGACCAUUACCCUCAAAAUGGCAAAUGGCAUCUUCUAAACCUCCUUGUGUGAAUAAGGUGUCUGACUGGAAGCUGGAGAUACUUCAGAAUGGCUUAUAUUUAAUUUAUGGCCAAGUGGCUCCCAAUGCAAACUACAAUGAUGUAGCUCCUUUUGAGGUGCGGCUCUAUAAAAACAAAGACAUGAUACAAACUCUAACAAACAAAUCUAAAAUCCAAAAUGUAGGAGGGACUUAUGAAUUGCAUGUUGGGGACACCAUAGACUUGAUAUUCAACUCUGAGCAUCAGGUUCUAAAAAAUAAUACAUACUGGGGUGUCAUUUUACUAGCAAAUCCCCAAUUCAUCUCCUAGAGACUUGAUUUGAUCUCCUCAUUCCCUUCAGCAAAUGUAGAGAUGCCAGUGGGUGGACUGGAGGGAGAAGAUUUUCAAUUUCUAGAGUUUGUCUGUCUACAAAAAUCAACACAAGCAGUACUCCUCUGCAUGUGAAUUUUCAUCUAUCAUGCCUAUCUGAAAGAAACUCAGAGGAAGAGCCAAAGACUGUUGGUUGGAUCUGCAGAGAUACAUCAUUCAUCCAUGAUAAAAUAAAUAUGGAUGACAGAGGACAUGUGCUUUUCAAAGAAUCCUUAUCUAAUUCUUGAAUUCAUGAGUGGAAAAAUGGAGUUCUAUUCCCAUGGAAGAUUUACCUGGUAUGCAAAAAGGAUCUGGGGGGCAAUAGCCUGGCUUUGUUCUCAUAUUCUUGGGCUGCUGUAAUUCAUUCUUCUCAUACUCCCAUCUUCUGAGACCCUCCCAAUAAAAAGUAGACUGAUAGGAUGGCCACAGAUAUGCCUACCAUACCCUACUUUAGAUAUGGUGGUGUUAGAAUAUAAAGAACAAUCUGAGAACUAUUGGAAUAGAGGUACAAGUGGCAUAAAAUGGAAUGUACGCUAUCUGGAAAUUUCUCUUGGUUUUAUCUUCCUCAGGAUGCAGGGUGCUUUAAAAAGCCUUAUCAAAGGAGUCAUUCUGAACCAUCACGUAGAGCUUUGUGAGAACUUACUGUUGGUGUGUAUGUCUAAACAUUGCUAAUUAUAAAGAAAGAGUAACCAUUAGUAAUCAUUAGGUUUAACCCCAGAAUGGUAUUAUCAUUACUGGAUUAUGUCAUGUAAUGAUUUAGUAUUUUUAGCUAGCUUUCCACAGUUUGCAAAGUGCUUUCGUGAAACAGGUAGCAAUUCUAUGAAGUUAAUUGGGCAGGCAUUUGGGGGAAAAUUUUAGCGAUGAGAAUGUGAUAGCAUAGCAUAGCCAACUUUCCUCAACUCAUAGGACAAGUGACUACAAGAGGCAAUGGGUUGCCCCCUGCAUUGCACUGUCUCAGCUUUAGAAUUGUUAUUUCUGCUAUCGUGUUAUAAGACUCUAAAAUUUAGCGCAAAUUCACUUUUCAGGAAGCAUAUUCCCCUUUAGCCCAAGGUGAGCAGAGUGAAGCUGCAACGUAUCUUUCCUUUACCAGAAAACUUUUUUUUUUUUUCCUGCCUGAAUCAGGGAGACCCAGGAUGCUGUUCAGGCUUAUCCCAACCAAAUUCCCCUCUUCACUUUGCAGGGCCCAUCUUAGUCAAAUGUGCUAACUUCUAAAAUAAUAAAUAGCACUAAUUCAAAAUUUUUGGACUCUUAAAUUAGCUACUUGCAGGUUCUUGUUGAAAGGUAUAUAAUAUUACAUUGUAAACAAAUUUAAAAUAUUUAUGGAUAUUUGUGAAAAACUGCAUUAUGUUAAAUAAUAUUACAUGUAAAGCU